AUAGUAGUUAAAGUUUAUUCCAAUACCAUAUAUUUGUUCUCUCUUUCUACAACAACAAACUACUGUGCGUCUUUCUUUAGAGUAAAUCUGAGUUGGAAUAUCACUUCGAACAUGAUUAACUGACAAAUUUAAAUGUCAUAUUGGUUUUUAAAUAUUUAAUUUGAUGUUUGGAGUUUGGAUAACAACUACUACAGUUUAUUAUUAUUUUCAUAUUAUUCAUUACUUCUUCUGAUAGUUUGUGCAAUGUGUACCACAGUAAAUAAUAAUAAAGCUCCAAACCUUUAUGAAGAAUGCUCAAAAGGAAACUUUGAAAACACUUUGCUGUAUAUUGAGAAAAACUUGGAUCAACCACGCAUCAAUAGUAAAAAAGCUAUUUCGUUUAUUACCAAUUGUUGUCAAGCCUGUAUUCACCAUCAAAACAAUGUAUCUGAAGAGGACUUGUAUGCAAUAUUAACUAGUCUAUUAAAAAUUUUAAACAAUUUGGAAGAAAAAGAGAAAUCCAGCUAUGUCAAAUGCAUGUUUUAUUUCGUUAAGUUUUUCUGUAGUAAGGGAAAGAAAGAAAUUAUUGUUAAGAUGGAAGAUAUAAUAAUACCAAAGUUCUUGCUCCCAAAAGAUAUGCAAAACCACGUUGACAUAUAUCACUACAUCGCCACAAUUCUCUACAAUCUAUUAGUAGGAAACUCUGCAGUAACUGUCUUUGAUAAGGUCUCAUACAAAAUCUGCUCCCUUAUUUUGAAAAUAUGCACAGCUUGCUUAGAUGCAACCAAAACUAUUCAAUUGUCAUCUAACUGCUUUACAAUUUUAACCAGUAUGGAUGCACCCGUGGAUCAUAUGAUGGAUUUUUAUCAAAAAUUGUUGGACUGUCUUGCAAAACACUCCACUGAUAAUGAAAAGGGUGCUGUUACGCUCGUUUUGAAAUUUACUUAUGAGAUAUUUUAUCUGUAUAUAAGCUCACAGGACUUCGAAAAAGCAGAAAUGUUUAUUGCUUUAUCCCACGAUAAAUUCAAAAACAUGUCUAAUAUUUCAGAGUAUUUAGAAUUAUUUGAAGUUUUAAGAGUAUUUGUUAUAUACUCACCUUUACAGAAGAAUGACACAGAUUUCGAAAUAAAAAAGUAUAUAGAAACUUUGAAAGCUUUUAAAAAAAGAGUUAACUAUAAAAAAGAUUUUGUUGAAUAUCUAGGAAAGAUUAUAUGCAGUUCUAUAAAUUAUUAUUUUAAUAUUAAUUCUGCUGAAUGGCUGAGUUUAACUGAAAACGCCCAGUUGCAAUAUUUUACAUUUUUUAGUGAAUACAAUUCAUUGUUGAUUUCUUUAGAAGGCCAAGUUGAUCCAUGCAAAAAUAUAUAUAAGAGUAUAAAAUAUUCCGAAUAUAUUCUGCAUUUGAUGAAAAAUACAACUAAAAAUAAAGAAGUUAGCUUGGAAUAUCAUCAAACUUGUAUAAAGUCGGUGAAAACAUUUUUGAAUGCGAUUGAAGUGCUCAAGAAACAUAACAUAGAUACUUGGAAACCAGCUUGGAAUAGCUUUUCUAUCACUAUUUACAAUAUUUGUGUACACUUGGGAUUUCACACAGAGAAAUGUCUGAACCAAGUUGCUUUAAAGUAUCUCGACUUAUUAUUGAAGUAUUUUCUUAUCUUAGAAGAAAACACUGAUGAACUAAUAAUCAGAUACGAGGUUUUGGAAUCAACUUUUAGUACCAUUCUUUAUGUAUACACUAAUGAUGUUAAACAGCAAUUAUUCUUCAUUGCAUUGGCUAUAUUUUUAUGCAGGAGAAGCAGGAAGAUGUUUGUGAAAAAAUGGAUAGGAUUAAAAUACAGUCUUAGAGAAAAACCAGAAAAUACUGAAGAUAUGAAAGCAAUGACUCUACUCUCUGCUUUGGAUGCAAUACAAAAAGUCUUACCCGACUUAAAAUUAGAUAAUUCAGAUAAGAUAUUCCUGUUAAACUUUGAGCUAGAGUCCUAUAAGGAGAAGUGGAAUUCUGUCAUUCCUAUGAUGUCAACAAUAAAGCAUUUAAGACAAAUAAGUCCCACAGAUUGCUUUACUAACACUAUAGUGAAGUUAUUUGUCGAUAGUGGUUUAUUAAAACAUGAAGAUUUUCACACUAUUGUAGGAGAUCUUCUACAAAGUUGCAAAAACACACAGAAUGGUACAAUUAAUUCUCAAAUUAACUUAGGUAUCUUAUAUUUUGCUUACUACAAGAGUUGUCAUAGGCAGAUCGUCAAGAAGAAUGAAAUAGAUAUGGAAAGAGUAGCUUCAAUAGAGCCUCUAACAAAUGAUUUCGAUCCCGCAGAUCCAACAAAUUCAAAUAAUGAAUAUGAUAUAUUAUCCAGUUACGAAAGCUUGAAUUUGGAAGUGUUUAAAGAGGUUUUUAACAAUUUAGAGCAUUCGCUGGAGGUUUUUACAUCGUUGGUAACAAAACUAACAACUGAUUUGGAACAUGUGACGAUCACACAAAUAUUUAAUGUACUUUUAGAGAUAUCAUCCGAAUUUAGACUUCUUUGUUUCAAUGUAAAGUCUGUACAGGCUUUGGAGUUGGCUCUGUACCUUGCCCAGUUGCAGAACAAUGCUCCUAGUACCAUAAAAACUAUUGGAUUAAUUAUAGAACAAACUGACACAAAAAAUCAUCUUAUGGAAAUUGCAGAUAAGUUGAUAGAAGAUAAAACUUUCUCAAAAUCAGACAAUUUGGAAGUUUGUAUUAUGUACUACAUAAGUAAGAGCAAAGUUUUGUUAUACAAAGACACGAAGAACUCGCAUGAAAAUUACGUGAAAGCUAAAGAGUUGUUUGAGCAAGUUCAAGACAACAAUAAUUUUGCUGUUAUGAAGUGUCAGUUCCUUCUCUUGGCUUCUAAAUUCAGUAUGUUGCCUUGUAAUUUAAGGGUGGAACCACAUAGCAGUAGUUUGCUAAUAAAUACCUAUUCAGCUGCAGAAGUAAUGAUUGAAGAAUACAAAAAUCUUACAUUUGACGACCCCUACGUAUUACUGAUGUUGAUCCAAGCGAAAAAAGAACUUGUUGAACUCAACCAUUUUUUGAAAUGUCCAAGAGAAGUACAGUACUACGGGAAAAGUAUUCUCAUUCUAAUGCAAAAAUUGGUUUUACCUCUACCUACAGUGUCUUAUCUUGUAUACCUAGCUCAUGCAGAUCUGUGUUUGGAAAAGCAAGAUAGUUGUUAUGUGAAAGUUAGAGACAUUACCACUAUUUUGAACAUUAAAUCUAAAAGUAGUGGAAAAAAGUUUUAUAAAAAGUAUUCACCUUCGUCUCCCUCUUUUGCUGAGGACGCAUUUCAGGGCCCAUCUACUAUGAAGCAUAAAAGUUCCUGUGAUUGCUACUAUUGUGCCUGCUACGAGUACCAGUAUCUGGUAUUAGAGAAAGCUAGACUUAGUGCCUUAAUUAACGUGAAAGAUAACAAUUUGGCAGCUGCUCAGGAUGUCUUUCAAAGUGCCUUAGAUUUCUACGAUAACUACGUUAAGAAAUAUUCGACAAAUCGACAUCAAGUACCUGAUUUUUUGCCUUCUUACGGAUAUUUACUCCUAAACUAUAGUAGCCACUUCUGGAGGUCAAAAAAUAAGCCACAAGCUUUGAAUUGGAACACAACUUUAUUGUCUUUAUUAGCUAGUAAGAAAUUACAAUAUAUACACUUAUAUAGUGAAGCUUGGGCUCAGAAAUUGGCAUAUCUCACUGUAAACAUAAUUCCUGAACCAACUCCGACGCUCAAGGAACAAAUGGAGCGUUUACAAGUUUCCAGUGAGGUAGUACUACCAAAAACUCCGGAAAGUAGACAGAGCAAAGUGUCGAUCAUUGUUGACCGUUCAAAUUUGGAAUCAGUUCAAAAACUUCAAGUGGUAAAACGUUUGCCAUUCAGUUUUGCUUCACCAGAACCGCCGAAAAAUAAUAAGCCAGUCAGAGUGAUGGAAAAGACGCCGGCACCUAAGAUACAAAUUUAUACAGAGGCUUCAGAAAAAAAGACGCGACGAAAGGCCGUGUCAAAAGUACCACCCGUAUUAACAUCUUCAGAGAAUAUACCCGAUUCAACACAAACAGCUCCUAGUAGUGCUUUGAAGUCUCGUACGAAGUUAUUAACAGCUAAAAUAAAACAAAAAUCCAAAAUACCUGACGCCUUAGCAAGCGAUUUAGAAGAUGAGGAAGUUGCUGUAGUUAGUACGAGAAGUCAGGCCAGAAAGAAUUUGUUAAAGGAAAUGUGUGCUCCUGAUCCUGACACGAGGACAAGAAGUACUGGUGCUGUGAGGAAGACUCGCCAAAAAUAAUGCGGGGGCAACUUUUAGCUCAAUUUUUAAUGUGAUCUUUUAGUAUAUUUAUACAGUUCUGUAGAUUGUAUAUGUUUGCAAAAAAUUGUUAUUUAAUUAAAACAAAUGAUGUAGAUAGAUAUAUUUUUUCUAAUGUUGUAAGUACAAAUAAUAAAGAAAUGUCUCGGUAAAA